ACCGCAAAUACGUCGGUGACGACGUCGAUGCACGUCAGUGAUGCUCAUUUGCUUGUUAAGGUCUUUAGUAAUAAGGUAGCAAAUUAGUGACGAGCAAAUAUUCCAAAGCUGAUACACUUUAGUGAACGAGUAUGAUGACGAUGAUAAUGUCACGAGAAUGUGCACCUCCGUGACAGAAGUGAAUCGCGAGCUGACUGAUCACAUUUGUCGGAUGUGGCGUAGUUGAUUGUAUUCAGUAAAAAAAUUUUAAGAAUAAUAAACAUGGCGUAUCGCGGUGUCAAAGGUUCUGAUCCAUUUGUAUCGAAAACAUCACGAAAUGAACGAUUUGCACAGAUGUCGAAGCAAGAACAAAUUAUUCAACAAAAAAAAUUGGAAAUUCAGGCUAAAAUGCAAGAAAUGAAGGCCAAACAAGCUGUUGAAAGUACAAAAAAAACUGGCUCAUCAAAUACAUUGCCUUCUACAGUUACUAAAGUUACUUCAACUAAGAGAGAAGAUGAGAAGCCAACUACUGCGCCUACAAUUAAUUUAUUUGCUAAUGAUGGCAGUUUCUUGGAUCAAUUCAAAAAGAUUUCGAGUAGCAAAAAUAUGCCGAAGCAAGAAGCUGCACAAGCCAAGACUGAGGAGAUAAAGAAAGAAGAUAGGAAAGAAGAUAGAAGUGAUAAAAAUUAUGAAAGCUCAAGAGAAAGGCGAUGGAAUGGAGAAAAAAGUAGAGAUUGGGAUAGAAGAGAUAGAAGAAGAAAUGAUUCAAGAUGGGGAAAAAGCUCUGAUAGACAUCGUAGUUCAUCUUCCAGUCCAUCUCCACCGAGACAUAAAUCCUCUCCUAGUCCUGAUUCCCGACGGUAUCAUCAAGCAUCCAACGGCUCUAGGUCACAAUUUAAUCAACAACAACCGCAACAAUCUUGUCCGCCUCAACCCGUAAAUCAAUCUUCUUCUAUUCCUUCUCUUAUACCUCAGGCUGUGAUGCAAAUGACCAGCACACCACCUCCAAACCUAAGAAAUGUUCCCCCACCAAAUCGUCCAAAUGUACAUGGAGUGUCUUCUGUCAAGAAUGAGAAUUAUUCUAAUUUAGAAACUCAUCCAUCAACUCCUCGGAUGGCUGUACCUCCACCUCAUCUUAUUCGACCACCGCCGCCUCCGCCAAUUAAUACUAAUGUACCGCCGCCUAACAUAUCUAUUUCUCAAAACGUUCCGAUGCAAAAUAUCCAGCCACAUCCAUGCCCCUCUUCAACAUCAUCUCAACACAUCAUUCCACCGCCAUGUAAUAUUCCAACUCUAAAUACUCUCCAACCGCCAAGUAUUCCAUCAACAAAUGUCCGGCCACCAAAUUUACUACCUCCUAUAAAUCAAAUGCCACCUAAUAUGUUACAAAUGAAUGCAAACCAAGCAAUAGUUGUGACAGUUGCAAGUGUUCCUAACGUUCCACCGCCUCCAGUUAUUUCACCAAUUAUUAUGUCAGCACCACCACCUGUUCAUAGCUCGACUAUUAAUUCUGUUCCUCCUCCGAAUCUUAAUAUUCCUCCACCUAAUGUACCGCCACCUUCAAUCAUUCAAAAUCCAGCACCUUCAACGCAUCUUCUACCUACCACAUAUCCAAUUCAGAAUCAAAUACAGAUGCCAGUUGUCAGGCCUAAUGUUCAAAUACCACCACCAGUCAGACCUCCAACUAAUUUAUCAUCAUCUACUGAUCCAUCAGCUCCUAGUGGUCUUGUAGAAGCCGAACAAUUAGCACGAAUCGUCGCAGAUUGUGGUGAUGCAAUUGAACAAGAAGUACGCGAGAAGAAUGCUCAAGAUCCUAAGCUAUGGUUUCUGCACCAAAAGCAAAGUGCAGCGUACCUGCAGUACAGGGGAUUGGUGGCCAAGUUUCGUGCUGAGAAAGCGGAAAAAGAAAACAACAAACGAAGCAGUGGCGCUGAACCUUACUGUCCUGAAGAAGCUCUUAGUGAUAAUGAAGAUGUUGAAAAGACGUCUAAUAAACAUAUCUCUCUAAGUGAUAAUAAUUCUAAAGAAGAUAGUAAAGAAGAACGAAAGCGAAAAAGACGAAGUCGGUGGAGUGAACCCGAUAAUAAAGUUACUAUUCCCGGGCCGACUUUACAACCUGGAUUGCCAAAUGUGAAUCCACAAAUUCGUCCACCACCUAUCACUUUACCGGUACAACAUGGUCAAGGGUCGUUGUUGUUAACACCAAAGAUGCAAAAUGCCAAAGGAAAGAAUCCAAUGUUGACUAAAAUAUCUCGAAGUGACCCUGCGUUGAUUCAAUAUGCAAGACAGACCUUUGGUACUUUGGAUCUUAAUGAAGAACAGUGGAAAAAGGCUGAAGAUCAUUAUAAAAUAAAUUUAUUAUAUCAAAAUCUUUUGAAGAAAAGAGAAGAAGUGAAACGUUUAGAAGCACAGGGAAAGCAUAAAUAUGAAUAUGAUAGUGAUGAAGAAGUUGAAGGUGGUACAUGGGAACACAAGCUAAGGUCAGCAGAAAUGGAAGCAACUCAGAUGUGGGCUGAAGAGUUGACAGCUCAAGCUGAAGGAAAACAUCAUAUUGGAGACUUUUUACCUCCUGAUGAGCUUAAUAAAUUUAUGGAGCAAUAUAAUGCUCUCAAGCAAGGAAAAGAGCCAGAUCUUAGUGAUUAUAAAGAGUACAAACUCAAAGAAGAUAAUAUAGGUUUUCAAAUGUUACAAAAGCUUGGAUGGAGUGAAGGUCAGGGUCUCGGAAGUGAAGGUAGUGGUCGCACUGAGCCUGUAAACAAAGCAACUACAAGACUGGAUAGUGCCGGUUUAGGAACAGAAAGACCUGAUAAUAUAUCGAGAGAUGACGAUGAAUUUGAUGCCUAUAGGAAAAGAAUGAUGCUUGCCUAUCGAUUCAGGCCAAAUCCUUUGAAUAAUCCAAGAAGGCCUUAUUACUAAUUCAACAAUUAAUCAAAAUAUGUGGCCAUUAAUUAUAAAAGAACACCAACAUCCCAAGUAAAAUUUUUUCUAUAAAGACAAAAAAGAGACAAUAUUAUUUUGUAUAUUUAAUUAAAGCACAUGUUUAAUGAACAUGACAUGAUAAUUAUUGUUGAUAUGAAUGCUAGUAAAUAUAUCU